AUGGCAGAUUCAAAUGAAGAUACGUCAAUCGAUACCAGUGGAGGUUCUGAUGAUACAUUGGAACGUCUACGUAAUAUAACAAAAAUGUUUGGUGGUAAAAAUGAAGAUGAUGAAACACAAAAAUUGCAAAAAGUUGAAAAAUUAGCACCAGGUGACAAAAUCAAAAAUAGAUUUCAGAAGUUUGAAGAUAUUGGUUCUUCAAACGGUCUUCAAAAUGAAGAAGAAGAGGAAGAUGAAGAUGAUACUCAACCAUCAGAAUCUGAUGGUGUUGUUCGAUCAACACGAAAAAAGAAACCACAAAGAGAACAUAUUCCUUAUCAUGAAAUGGCAGAAGUUAAAGAUAAAUUUGAAAAAGGUUUAGUUGAUAGUGAUAAACCACGUGAAGAAAAACGUUUAGAUGUUCGUGUACAAAGUGGUUUAGCAUCAUCAAAAAAACAAGCAUUUGAACAAGGUGAAUUUGAACAAGAAGUUGAAUCACGUAUUAAUAAAGUACAAAUUGAUACCGAUCUGGUUGCUGGUGUAGCAUCAUCAAAAAAACAUGCAUUUGAACAAGGUGAAUUCGAACAAGAAGUGGAAUCACGUAAUAAUAAAGUACAAAUUGAUAAAGAUCUGGUUGCUGGUGUAGCAUCAUCAAAAAAACAUGCAUUUGAACAAGGUGAAUUCGAACAAGAAGUGGAAUCACGUGUUAAUAAAGUACAAAUUGAUAAAGAUCUUGUUGCUGGUUUAACAUCAGCAAAAAAACAAGCAUUUCAACAACAAAUUGAGAAUGAUGCAAAUUUACCAAAAACAGUUACUAUUGAUCGUGAUGCAAUGGUUGGUGCAGCAACAGAAAAAAAAGCUAUGUUUGAAAAAGGUGAACUUGAUCAAGAUUAUCAUGAACUUGGUUCAAAUCGUGUACAAGCUGAUGCUGAUCUUCUUGUUGGUGCAGCAACAGAUAGGAAAGCAAAAUUUGAAAGUGGUCAAAUAUCUGAUCGUCCAAUAACACCAACACGUCUUGAUGAAAUAUCAACUAUGGUUGAAACAGGUAAUGCACAAUCAAAACGUUCAGAAUUAUUAUCGAAAAUUGAAGCUGAACAACAAACACAACGUUCAGGUGAUCGACAUCUUGAUAUGGAAACAGAAAGUGGAUUCGCAACAGCACGACGUGAACAAUUAGCAUCAUUAGCUAAUACUGAAUUUAAAUCAACAGAAAAACAUUUUGAUGUAACAAGUGGUUCAACAAGUACAAUUAAAGAACAGUAUAUGGCCGAUACAAGUAAACCAAUAAUAUCAACAGCUCAACCUAUAUCUGUUGAAAGUGGUUUAGCUAAAAGUCGUGCUACAGCAUUUGAAAAUCCCGAUGAAACUACUCCAGUCAAACGAACAGUAGAAAUUGAUAAUGAACUUCUUGAAAGUGGUGUCGCUAAAGAACGUGUAGCUAUGUUUAAAAAUUUAGAAAGUGGUACACAAUCAACAGGUGCUGGUGGUGAUUCAAAAAUACGUGUUGAUCGUGUCGAAUUUUCUGACACGCUUGUCAACAUGAGUGAGAACGGGAACGUUGUACGUGAAAGUGAUAAACGUGACGAAGUCUAUUUUGAAAAGGGUCAAACAAAACAGCUUGUCGAACAGUGGAAAACAAAACAAGCUUCACCAGAUCGAGAUACACCUGACGCUCAAGUUAUACAGGACGCUGAAAUACUUCAACAAGGUAAAGCAAAAAAUCUUGUUGAAUUGUGGAAAACAAUGGAUAAAGAGAACUCACCACCUCCUGAACGACGUGGACCACGUGCAAUUACGCCACCAGCUGACAACGAACGACGUUUACCACCUGCUGAAGAUGAUGAAACGGCUUCUCGGAAACCAGGCUAUGCAGAUGAUAAAGCUAAUAUUGAAUCAGGUCAUGCCAAAGCUGCUCGAGAAAGACUCAUGCAAAGUGCCGAACAAAGUAGUUCAGGUACAAGAAAAACAUUGAAACAAAUCACACCACCACCAGAAGGUGUUCAAAGAAAAUCAGCAUCACCAACAGCGGAUACAGGAGAUAGUUCAAGUGGUAUAAGAGAACAAUAUAAUGAUAGUGAAGAAAUUGUACCAACUAAAGGCCAAGCUCAAUCAUUAAAAAAUCGUUUUGUUGAACUUGAAAAAGAUGCACUUAAAGUUGAAACAGCGUCAUCUAAAGUUAAACAUACACCAAAACGAUUUGUUGAUAAACCUGCACCGAAACAAACCAAUGUUGAACCAGCUGUUGAUUCAAAUAAAUGUUCUGUAUGCAAUAAAACAGUUUAUGCAAUGGAAAAAAUUGAAGCAGACAAAAAAAUUUAUCACAAAUCAUGUUUUAAAUGUAUGCAUUGCAAAUCGAUAUUGAAACUUGGCAAUUAUACAGCUAACGAUGGACAAAUUUAUUGUAAACCCCAUUUUCUUCAAUUAUUUGCUAUAAAAGGAAAUUAUUCAGCUGGUUUCGGUCUUAAUGAUCACAAGACACGAUGGUUAUCAAAUUCUUCUUCAUCUUCUUCUCCUACUAGUAUAUCAAAUACACACGAGUCAACAUUUUCCAACGAAAGUUAA